CUAUCCUCCAAUAUAUCUCCUGCCACCAGCCACCGCUGAUGUGUAUAUAAAGAAGGGGACUGAGCCUCAUAGACUAAAUACUUUCUGAAAAGGCCUUCUGUUUCAGAAUGAGGGGGGCUGUAGCUGUGCUGGUGUUGCUGUUCUGUCUGUCUGGGAAAUGGGCUCAGGGAGAGAGUGGAGGGGUCAGAAAGAAUUACAUCACUACAGAGACCACCCAACCUGACGACUGGGCUGAGCUGAGGUCUCUGAGAGACAUGAUGGUGGAACAGAGAGUGGAGCUGAGCGUCACCAAGACUGAUCUUCAGUUCCACAAGAACACAGAUGAAGAAGAACUGAAGAUAGAGAACGUGUCACAAGCAGCAGAGCUGUCCGCCAUGGGGGAGAGACUGAAUGCCAGUGAGGGGGAGGUGGAGGAGCUGAAGAGCGAGAAUGGAGCGUUGCAGACUAGACUGGCAGCCGUUGAAAGAGAGGUGGAGGAGCUGAAGAGAAGGAACACAGACGGACCAAAGGUGGCCUUCUCUACUGCUUUAGGCCGUCCAGUGGGACCCUUCAAUACUGUUAUCACACUAGUGUACCCCAAUGUCAUCACUAACAUUGGUAAAGCCUACAGCCCAGUUACAGGGGCCUUCACAGCACCAGUGAGAGGGGUCUACUACUUCAGAUUCACUGGCAUGGACAACCGCAAGUCAAAACGUGUGGGUGUAUCCAUGAUAAAGAACGGCAACCACCAUAUAAUGUGGGCAGGUCAGAAAAAUGUAGCAGAUUAUCAGUAUGUAUCCAAUGCAGUGAUUCUAAAGCUAGAGGAAGGGGAUGUGAUCUAUAUGGAACUCGAUACAGGCUUUAGGCUCUAUGAUGAUCAUGAUAAACACAGCAUCUUCAGUGGCUUUCUGCUCUUCCCUAUGUGAGAAAAACACCACAAAAAGCUGACAUUCAAUCAGAUUAAAUGUAGUCUUUCUCUUGAUUCUGUGGAUGUCACAUUGAAUUCAAACUCUGUUUGUGCAUUCCUGAAUUGUACAAUAAAGGCUUGUUAAAUCAC